UCCAGCCAGUCCUCUUUCCUUUUUUAAGAGAUUUAUUUCAGAUUCCAAGAGAUUAUCAAGAGGCUUCACCUAAAAUCCCAGGGAACAAUUUGAAGCAGAGUGUUCAGCACUUACCCUUGUGACACGUUGAGUGCCUCAUAGCCUCACGCCCUGACUCCUCCAGGACGGUUCAGCUUCUCUUGUCUCUGGACCUGUGGAUGCCAAGGACGCAGCAUGUCUGAAAUGACUGGAACGUUUCGAGUUGUCUCUGAGGAGGAGCAGGCCCUUCGUGCCAAACUCGAGCGACUCACCAUCAAGGACCAUGGCCCUAUCUUUGGCAAGUGUGAGAAAAUCCCUUCACACACCCUGCAGAAGGCGAAGGACGAGCUGAAUGAGACUGAGGAGAGGCGGGAGCCAGCACUGAAGGAGCUGCGGGAACUGGUCCAUGCAGGAGCCAGCGGGCAGGAGGAGCUGGGCAAGGCAGUGGCAGAGAAGGUGCAGGGAAAGGAUGACUCCUUUUUCCUCCGCUUCAUCCGUGCCCGCAAGUUUGACACCCACAGAGCUUAUGAGCUGCUCAAAGGCUAUAUAAAUUUCCGCCAGCAGUACCCCGAGCUCUUUGAAGACCUGACACCCGAGGCCGUGCGCAGCACCAUCGAGGCUGGCUACCCUGGCAUCCUGUCCAGCAGGGACAAGUAUGGCCGGGUGGUGAUGCUCUUCAACAUUGAAAACUGGGACUACGAGGAGAUCACCUUUGAUGAGAUUCUUCGUGCCUAUUGUGUUAUCCUGGAGAAGUUGCUGGAAAAUGAAGAGACCCAGAUCAAUGGAUUCUGCAUCAUUGAGAACUUUAAGGGCUUCACCAUGCAGCAAGCAUCUGGCAUCAAGCCUGCUGAGCUCCGGAAGAUGGUAGACAUGCUGCAGGACUCUUUCCCAGCUCGAUUCAAGGCCAUCCACUUCAUCCAUCAACCUUGGUACUUCACUACUACCUACAACAUGGUCAAGCCUUUCCUGAAGAGCAAGCUUCUGGACAGGGUCUUUGUGCAUGGGGAUGAGCUGGAUUCCUUCUUCCAGGAGAUUGAUGCUGACAUCCUGCCAGCAGACUUUGGUGGCAACUUGCCCAAAUACAAUGGCCGAGUGGCUGCCGAUAAACUCUUUGGGACCGGGAUCGAGGCUGAAGACACAGCUCUUUAGAGCUGUGCCCAUCCCCUGCUCCCUGUAAAAUAGGAUCAGAGGCAGCCUUUUAACCUAGGCAGCCCUUUUACUGUAGCGGUAUGAUUCCUUGUGAUGAUACACUCUGGGCGCAUUCCUCUAUGCCAGCUAGACUCCAGCCACACCGCUGAGAGGCUAGGAACCCUAUACAACAGGCCUCAGGAAGAGGGCCCUUUCUCCAGAUGACUGUCAAGGAAAGCUGCCUCUUCCAUGGGACAUCUGGGAAUGGUGAGGAGAGGACAAGACAGGGGCUAGACUGGGAGGAGGAAGCCAGACCCAUUGGAGGAAGCAAUUGGAGCAACCACUACGCCCCACCUCGCACCUAAGCACUGGGCCAGGGCUGCUGUCCUGCUUGCCACCUUCUUGGGUAAUGCAGUAGUGAACCAGACAGUGUCCAUCACCACAGAAGCCCCUAUGAAAGGCUGCUUGAAACACGUACACAGAGAAAUAAAGCUUUUGACAGAAAGGUGUCAGGUCCCUUUGUAUUGGAUGUAUGAGUGUUGCAGGUAAAGUGGUCAACAGUUUGCACAUGGACAGGAAUAGCCCCGAUGUGCUGGUGUUUCCAAGAGGAGGCAAACAGCAGCCCACUUCCCAGGCACCACAAGAGCUGUCUUGAAGGGACAAGGGCUGGGCAAAGACUUGGUCCCAGGAAAGUCAGCACCACCCGUGCUCCCUGCUGAGAAGGCCUGUAAGGCCAAGGACACAGCAGGUGCUAGAAGUGAAGUACACAGAGCCAGGCUCCUUCACAGGUGCCUCAGAGGCCCAGAUUCCUCAUGCUAACUGGAAACGAUUGGCUCAGGCUGGCAAGAUGUGAAGAGGGAUGUUUCACCCAUCACCCAUAAAGCCCCAUCCUCAGCACCCCUACUCCAUCAGGCACAAGGAUAGCUGGGCCUCUGCGGUGUCAGCUGACCCUGGAGUGGCACCAGCCUCCAAGAUGCUUCAAACCCCCUGGCAGACUGCAGGCAUUUCCCUCUUCCAAGUACCACACUGCAAGUGAGGAGUAAGGAUCUCUGCAGUUCAGGUAGUGUCUAAACAUGGCUGGAUAAAGAGAAGCUGAAGAGGACAGGAAAGAUGCAGCUCUCCCUUCCCCCCGCACUUCCUUAUAGCCUUAUGAAAGAAAGGAAGGAGGCAGCUACAGUAUUCAGAUGGGGGUAGCAGUCUGUCCUCGACCCCCGUCUAGGGUGGAAAGCCAAAGGGAAUGGGCUGGCUCCUAUACUUGCUUUAUGAAACAGUGGGGCUAAGAUCUUAUCAAAGUAAAACAAGCUAGUUCCAGUUCAGCAGAGCAACAACAGCCCUAGUCAUGGGCUUUUUGUGCUUCAGCAGCUGCCAGGCAGCCGGCACCAGAGCAGCAGGGAGAGACUCCUGGACUGGAGGGAAGCUGGUCUCCUUCCUCUGCCCCAUGGUCACCCUCCUUCUAAAGCAAGGCUGUCUCUAUAGCACAAACCUUUCGUCCCUCCCUUCCCCAGCUAUGCACCAGGACUUAAAUUUGCAAAGCAAAAUAGCAGGGGCCCAUCUCAGAUGGAGGGUGCUGACAAGAGGUGCAUUCAUCAGGGCACUGGCUCAGACUCAAACCAAACAGGAUGUCUGCUCAGAAGCUGCAGGGAGGAUGGGGCCUGUCUGAAGCAGGACUGGGGCUCAUUCAGCUUGCCCCAGCAUGUGCAAACCCCAGAUCUGCCAUAGGAUCAUCCGCACAGAAGAGUCAGAGGGAGGAUGACAGACCAGUGGUGAAGGGGCUUCGCUGUAUGGCCUAGGAGGCAGUUUGCAUGCUGGGCUGAGCCACCUCUCAUGUUUGCCAGGGACCCAAUAAAAAGCCACUUACCUGUGCAGCCUGCAGUGACCCAUCUCCUUAUGGAGACAGCAACUGCAGCAGUUAUGCCCACCUGCCCUACAGCCAGCAAACUGAGGCAGGUUAUGAGCCAGUCGGUGCUGAUCAAACAGCAGAACAGAACAGCUGCAAGGUGGGGACUCCAGCUUAGGAUAGCUCUAGCUUUACCUCUCCAGGGUCUUCAUCAUCCACACACACAGAUCUGAGUUUUUGAACAUGACAUAUCCAUCAGCACUUAGUUUGGAUGCUGCCACCACUUCGAGGCCUCUCAUGACAGUAAGAAAACCAAGCCCAAUCACAUCCAUUCUGAGUUCAAUAUUCGCCUGUCUCUGCCCAGCUAAGGCUUAUACAAGGCAGCACUCCAGAACAGGGAGGGGAAAACCCAUGGCCUAGAGCAGAAAGACCUGGGAACGGGAGCUAUACUGACCAUGGUAUCCACCUGUGAGACCCUGCACACACCAGGACAGGACAAGAGUGCUACAGGCACUGCGCCUGCUAGGCCAGGCAGGUCCAGUCUCACAGUACAAAGAGCACAGUUCAUUUUAGUUGAACAAACUGAGAGGGCGGGCUCCAAUGGCACUCACCCAGCACCGCUGCACCCAGCUGCUGAAUUGAUCCUUUCCAAUUUCUCUGCAUCAUGCUCCUGGCAGGGCAGCAGGUCACCUCUCCAGAGUCUCCUGGUCUCCAAGCAAGGGAACACACAGGAAGAAGUUUAAUGCCAAUAAAUGAAGGGGGCCUUGGAUGGUUUUUGGCUCCGUUUUGUUAUGCAUUGGCUCAGCCAACAGGUGCUUAACUCUUUGGACACCCUCCUAUUCCAACAAUUCAGGUUGCAGCAGCCACAAAAACAGAUUUUGACUCACCCUUGAGGAGUUAACACUCAACACUGCUUUCUCUCCCAAGCCCUUAGUGAACAGCAUUAGGGAAUGCAAGUGGCAAAUCUCCCACCUGUCAGACAGGGUGGUUUAACAGCCAGCAGCCCAGCCAUCUGGGCAGUGGAGGGAAGCGGGUCAGCCUGCCAACACUUAUGUUACCUGAUGGCAUAAGAGUUCACAGCUGCACAGGGCCUUGGGAGUCACCACAGCUGGCCCUUGCUGUUCAGGCCUGCAACAGCAGCCAGCUUCUUCCCCACCCCCCCAAAGAAAGCUCCCAGCUCAAUGCCAAGUAGGGGAAAGGAGCAGGCAGGACACAGAAUGAGGGAGCUAGAGAUGCACUGCACACACAGCUGAGGAAAAAAAAAAAAAAAAAAAAAAAAAGAAAUUCUGUGUGGACAAAGGAACCUGUGAUCCAACACCCCAUGCCUCCCAACCUCUUGGUGGUGGCUCUGCCAUGACCUUACGAUGACGAGCUUCCUGGCAGACUGAGCACCAACAUAGCCCUCAAGGAAAACUAGGGGAUUAGCUCAGGAGUCUGUCAAGAGCUGCUUCUUUGCCAGUGGAUGUUGGAUUUUCAGGCUUGUGGGAGCUCUAUGUAGUUGGCCUUCCUGGAGAGCCAGGCCCUGCAACUCUCAUUACAAGCCCAGCUUUCCAAAAAGGCUCUAAGAUGACAGCUGUGUUCCCCAACCCACUGCAGCAUCCCAGCAACUCUUACUGGGUGGUCAGGGUGUACCGUAGUGUGUGUAAGGCCCUACACCUGAAGAGACAAGAAUAAGGAAGAACAAUAUGAAAAAGGGAAAAAAGUGAAAAGUAAAAAGAAGGUAACUGGGAAACUCCCAUUUGCCUUCUCAGUACAGGGAGAGGGGAACAUGUGAUGGAUUGGAGGUUGUGCUUUGGAAGUAUUUUAUGUUACCUUGGGGAACUCCUUGCCACAGGGCAAAUAUUUUUAAGGGUAAUUGGAAUACAGUUACAGUGGAUGGAACAAACCCUCUUGGGUCAGGGUAUAAGCCAGCAGUCACGAUAUUGAAUUGAAGCAAACCUGCAAUCCAUCUAAUGUAUAACUCCCAUAGGGCAGGGUGGUACUUCAAGGCAUGGAACAGCAUGGACCUCAGUCUGCGACCAAUAGUUUUGUCAAGAUAGUUAGUUCACACAUAUGACAAUGAACUCAGGCGAUUAGUCAAGGACGCACUGCAGAGUAGGAGUUUUGAAGUGAUGGGAG